CGACAACGUUGAAGUGGGUCCGUGAGCACCUCUUUCUCAAGACACCCAAAAUGGACGGCACAGCACUCUUCGUUGAGUACCUACACAAGCAAGACAGGCUACAAUUGCCGGGCCGGUACUGAAGGCGCCAUGCAUUCUCACUUGGUGUGAUCGGGUCGAUGGCAACAACGUCUCCGUGUUGGAGCGACUGAGAUAUACAGCCACGGUGUUGGGUCAACGACAAUGGAGCCGCACCAGUCCAGCGGUCAUCGAUGCAAGGUGAAGACGCGACGGGGGAGCAAUCGACUACGUAGUCAUGGCGACAAUUCGCCGGAAGGCAUUUUGUGAUCAUACGACGGCAUCUGCGGCCUGGACCGGCAGACGUCGCGCCGCAGGAACAGCGCCAAAGCCUCGCACUAACGGCGCCGGCAGGGGCCGAGUGACAACUGACGUCACAGGCACGCAUCACGACUCAAAAAUGGCCGGACAGCCCGCCGGCCAGCCGUACAUAUGGACACGAGGAGCCCGUGGUGCAAUUGGCCGCGAGGGCCUGCUCCAGGCGCCAUGGCACCACAGGCAGACACAGAGGUCCCGCGGCGGUCUGCCGUGAAGCCGCACACGACGCUCCGGGAACGUUUUCUUCACAAGCUGCCUCAUUACACGGGGCCGUACAAUGUCGGCUACAUGGACAUCGAGGUCCCCGCCCGGAACCCGCGACCCGUGUCCCACCUGAGGCGCAAUGGCAAGCCUGUCCUCCGUCUCGACACCGUUCUCAUGGGCAUCUACUACCCGUGCGACCUCCACGAGCACCUCGAGGCCGGCGGCGACAAGCCGCACAGGGUCGACUGGAUGCCGCGGCCGCGCAUCGCAACGGCCAAGGGCUAUGCCAAGUUUCUCAACAUCCCGGCGGCUCCCGUCACGGCGUAUCUGGCCUGCACGUCGCUCUUCACCAAGCUGCCGGCGUUUCGGAACGCCAAAAUCGCAGACUACUGGCCCGAGGAAACGCUCAAGGAUAGAGGGCAACAUCCGCAGCAAACCGGCGAGCCAAGGGGCCGGCCCAGGUUCCCCGUCAUCAUCUUCAGCCACGGCCUCGGCGGCUCGCGGCUGUGCUACAGCUCCAUCUGCGGCGAGCUCGCCAGCUUCGGCUUUGUGGUGGUCGCCAUGGAACACCGUGACGGGUCGGGGGCGAGGACGUACGUGAGCCUGCCCGGCAAUGUCGAGGCGGCCGAGAUUGAGUCGUCGACGGCCGAGAUUCACACGGGCAACGAGGCCAACGACGACGGCGAGAACAAACGGGUGUCGAGGCGCAAAGCCGGCCUAAACCCGUACUACGUAAUGGACUACAUCCUGCCCAAGGACAAUGCGCAGGACACGUCGCCGCACAACCCCCGCGGCGUGGAUCACACGCUGCGGUCGGCGCAGAUUGAGCUGCGGCUCGAAGAGAUCAAAGAGGCGUUCCACGUGCUGGGCCUCAUCAACAGCGGGCACGGCGGCGACGUCGCUCGCAUCAACCUGCGGCGCAAGGGAAACAUCGGGUCGAGCUCGCAGGGCCUCGGCGGCGUGCGUUGGGAGGACUGGGAGGACCGGAUGUUCCUGACUCACGUCACGGCCAUGGGCCACUCCUUUGGCGGCGCGACGACGGUGCAGCUCUGCCGAAACGGCGCCCUGACGUGGCUUGGCCAGGGCGUCGUCCUCGACGGAUGGGGCCAGGGAACUCCGCCGCCGGAGGCGAGCGGCGGAACCGUCAGCAAGCCCUUGAUAUCCAUCUCGUCGGAGGCGUUUAUGCACUGGAAGGACAACUUUGAGAGCAUCGUGGGCAUAUGCGAGGAGGCGCGUGACUCGGGAGCGCUGUGCUGGAUGCUGACCAUUGCCGGGUCCACGCACCUCGUCAUGACCGACUUCGCCGUGUUGUACAGGCGGUGGAUGACGAUCCUGACCAAGUCCAUGGUGCACCCCCUGCGCGCCUUCUACCUGACCGUGGCGGCGUCGCUCGAGUUCCUCAGCCUGACGCUGCCGGUGGAGCAGACAAAGUACAACGUGUGGGUGGACGAGGGCCUGCUCCUGUCGGCCAAGGCCCCGGUGGAGCCGGGCGCGGCGAUGCGGCCGGAGCACGCGCCGGACCAUAAGUGGGUCGCCGUCAAGCUCAAGAUCCGCAACGAGCUGUGGACGCGGCUGCGCGCGUGGGCGAAGCGGUCCUGGCGACGUGUCCGGGGACGGCGCGAGCAUGGCGGGCUGCUGGGCCAAAACGCCGAGGAGAUGUGGACGCACAUGAGCCCGACGGCAGAGGAGAUGGCCCGGUGCACCACACCGACGUCAGUGGCCGGCAGAUGAGCCGCGCGGCAAGACAUGCGUGCGUAGAAGCAGAUUAGAUGUUUAAUGAUUACGACGAUGACAAGGCCAAAGCACCUGCACAUCCCCGGGCCUGUGGAGCCUGCCCUGUCAUACGACUGUUCCGGGAGGGCAAAGUCAUAUACCUACCACACAGACUCUGGCUGUGUGCAAGGCGUCGCAGUCACCAUGUCGUCCGCGUGGCAAUCGAAAUAAGGUGCCCUUCGGGCUUCGUCGGCCCCUCCUCCCGUACCCGCUGGUUCCAGCAGCGUGCCUGCGGGCUUCCGACUUGGAAGCUGGGCGGACACCAAGCACGGGUCCUCCCGACCUAAUCAAGGUAGUACGAGCCAAAGACGGUCCGGGAGAAUCACGCCCAUCGAGCGACCUGCACACGGGCCGUGCAUACCAUGUAGUCCUUUCCUGGGUCGACGGUACGUGGCCGGGGCCGGAGCGGAGGUCAAAGCGAACCAUGCGUGCAUGAUGCAAAUGGCCCUCGCAGACGACUUGCCUCAAGUGCAUCACGCUGCAGGCGGGUGCGCCGGCCGGCGCGACGUGCAAGUGCAGCGUAGUGCAGGGUAGAGGCUAAGGCGACGAUGGCGGAAGUGUUACCGAGCCAAUGCCCGCUUUGGGGCAGCUAUUUUCAGCAGCCCACGCCCACGCGCACCUCCGCCUUGGCGAUGGUAGUCGUCUGGCUGGGCGGGUGGAGGGUGGGAUGAGGUGGUAUGGGGUGGUGGCCACGAUGGAGCGUGGCAUGGUGGUUGAAGGGCUCGUCCGAGUGCGUGCGCCGAGGCGGCCCUGUCCCGGAGCCGCGGAUUGAAAAACGAGCGAGUGAGCCAGCGUGCGAAAGCAGCCUGUUGGCGUCCUUCCACAGCCUGAGAGUGCAUGCAUGCACCCAUCACGGACCACACACGGCGCUGGCCUGUGUGCCGGCACAUGCAGCCACACUUCGUAUUCCAUGGUGCCAACGUGAAACGUGCAUGCCCGGCGUCCCUAUCCCAGCUGAUCCGGAUACUGGGGUCCCUCGCCGCCAGGAGAGGAAAAAAAAUAAAAAUUUUGUGGCGGAUGGGGGGGGGCACUGCGGGUUCUGGAUGAAACGAGACAGCGCCGGGCGAGUGUUGAUGGACGGCGUCAGUUCAUGUGUCAGGUCGGCCUCCGGACGAGUCCUCAGCGGCUGGGCCCGUGGGGACGACACGAACCCGACACGGAGGGGGUCGUCAAGCACGUCAGGACCUGCCGACCUGGUGACAGGAGGCGGCGGUGCCGUGCGGCGCGGCUCGCUUGAGACUGGCGGGCGCAAGGGGGGG